CCUGAGUCCCAACUGCGCAUGCUCAGCAGAAAACUCCAUUAUUUUUUUUACUCGGAAUCUGUUAGAAAAAAAAGCAGUGGGUAACUGUGAAUUUGGGAUUAUAUGGGUUGUUAUGGUUGUCGGAAUAAAUUUGAACGCAAAACGGAUUAGAAGGACAGAGACAAAGCGGUGGCUGGAUAACUGUAUAGCGGGAGCGGGACAUCCUUCAGUCUUGUUGGGAUACUCCAGAUUCAAGUAAAUUUCAGUCUGUUAGCUCUGCUAGCCUAGCAGCUAGCGUUAGCCCCGAGAUCCCAGGCGCAGUAAAAUGAAGCGUUAUUGCUCUUUGUUUUUAAAUCGGACCGGCCGACGCUGCAUAGAGGCUGAGAGCUGAUUGAGUGCGCUAAUACGUGAUUUGGAUGAAAAGCCAAGACUCCAAAACUUCGCCAACACCAAAGCCCGACGCAGAGAAAGGUUGUUAGGUCCUGCUAACGUCAACGUUAGCUAUCAGCUGUCAAUAAACUCUCUGUCUUCAUCCAAGCUCAGUGCUCUGAUGUGAACGACAUACAUACAGCUACAGGAGUUGUCCUAUUAGGUGGGCUCUGCCUUGGAACUUUCGAAAAGUCCAGGUAUUUGGAUAUUUAGUCAGGUUUUGCUGGCAGUCUGUGUGCAUCGAACCCACAAGCAUGUACAUUGGAGAGUGGAUACCAUAGCCAAAACAGAUCCUGGCUUCCCAAAGAUGACAAGGUGCUGGCAGGCAGCAGCGACAAAAUGAUGGGAGGCAGUGAGACUGUCAGUGGGGACAAGGAUGGGGUCCACACCACUGCAAUACACGUCCCCAUCGGAUGGCAGAGGAAAGUGGUGGACGGGCAGGUCAUCUACGUCAGUCCCAGUGGGACCACCCUGUCUUCUGUGGAUGAGGUUAAGACCUAUCUGUUGACUGAUGGCACUUGUAAAUGUGGCUUGGAAUGUCCUCUCAUCAUCCAUAAGGUUUUCAACUUUACUGUGGGAGCGAAAGUGGAACAGCACAGCCACCCAUUAGGCAAAACAGAGCAGGACAUGACAAAAUUGUGUAACCACCGCAGGAAAGUAGUAGCGAUGACUGCACUUUGUCGGAGUAUGCAGGCCUCACAGCUGUCCUUUGCCAACCUUCAUCAUUCAGACAUGAGCAAUCGAGUGGAUAGUCACAAUCCAAAAGGGGGAUCUGUGGAAGAAGAGGACUGUGGCGUUUACCGUCCCAAGCUUCAUUCACUUCCUCCUCGGACCCACAAUAACAAUAAUUCAAACCCCUGUGCCAGCCCUAAAUCCUCCCACCAGUUUAUUUAUCCAUAUAAUGGUUCCACUCCUGUAUUUCACACAGGCACAAACUCUCACCAUCCCCUAGAUACGUUGAAAAGGCUUCACCACCCUCCUUCUCUCUCGUCGCCCUCCACCUCUUCCCCAAACGCCUCGUUUCCAUCUUACAGUGCUGUUUUGAGGUCACCCCGCACUCCCACACCUGUUCAUCAAGGUCAGAGAACACCCAAAACACCAGACAGUCCUGGUUCACCUCAGCUAGGAUCUCUCUCGUCACCUCCUCCCUCUUCCCCGAUGACCCACGGUGGAGGAGGAAAAGGAACACAGACUCAUGUACAUCAUCCUCACAGUGUCAUUGUAGGAAGUUCCCCUCUCUCUCCAUCUCCCUCUCUCUCCCCCUCUGUUCAUAACAUGAACUGUGUGUCUCCACACCAGCGCUCCCGCCAUCCCUCAGCCUCCCUUUCCCCUCUCUCUGAGCAGGGAGGAGGCUCCACAGCAGUGGAAGGCGUAGGACUGAUGGGAAGUAACUUGGCUCAGAGGAGGAAAUCCUCCUCUUCCUCUCCACACUCCCCUCUCCCUAGUGGUUCACCCAAUCCUAGCCCCCACUUCCACAAGUACAAGCUGGAAGACAUCUUGGAGCAGUUUAAGAACUCAGGCAACAGCAGCACUAAUAAUCACCAACGCCUAAGCCCUACAAACCUUUCCUUACUGACCAACCAAAGCUGUAACCCCCAUAGUCUAGCCUUGAAGCCCUCAAAGAGUACCAUCAGUUCUUCCAGCACAGGACCAACAAGUUUGGGGUUCAGUUCUGUAGGUCCCUCUAGUUUACCUCUAGGGCCAUUUCUGAACCACCACAGCAAUCAGGGAAAACUGCCACAUCCAGCUUCUUUCCCUGCAAGUAGCAUGCUCUCUGCAGCUGCCAAGGCUCAGCUGGCUAACCAGGUAACCCAGAGCCACAGCUCAAAUGCAUCCAGCAUCUCUCUGAGCUUGCCCCCUACUCUGGAGGUCUUGAAAGAUGCACAGCAGCAACAGUCAUCCAAGGUAACAAACAGCACUUUACACAACAGCCACCCUCCCUGUCUAAAUGCUUCUACUAGGGCUCCCAACCCCUCCCUUGCCGCAGCCCCAAGCAUCCUUUUUCCUCCAUGCCAUUCUCUGGCUCAGUCCCUGGCUUCGUCUUUACCCCACCUGCCUCCCACAGCAGAGCGCAAUGCAUCACACAGGAAGAGGCAACGGCGAUCUCCCACAGUGCUCACCAUGCUGAGAGACACCCAGCAUCUGGCUAAUGGGCUGCCAAAAACCCCAACAGGAGAUUCAGUGUCCGCCACGGUUAUCAACCUUUCCUCUGCUUCUUCUUCCUUGCACUCUUCCUCUACCUCAGCUGUGCAGAACGCAGUCAUGUUGGAAAAUCACCAACAUCUCCUACCUGGCCAAAUAGCCAGGCUCCCUGCUCUUCGACAGACGGCCCCCUAUUCCAGGCCCUCACGACAAACCGAAGCUCUGGAUUUCACUACAGGCUCAUCCUCGCCUCUUAGUUUGGAUCCUCCGACCCAGCCGCUGUCUGCUCUGUUACACCUGCUCAGUGUGCAGAAUGCACAGUCAACAGCCUCUGCAUGCACCUCUGCUUCAGCUCAACCAGGAUCUGUUGAAGGAGGGGGACACACUAAUAAACAGAGCCCCAGACUCUCACCAGCUUCUCCCACUGCUCGUACUAACGCCAGGCACUUACAGACUCAGUCGCCCUGUCAACCCAAUGACACUAAUCUGCCACCCUCUGUGCCCCCUUCCACUCAUCUUACAUCAGUGCAUUCUCAUUUGCACUCUCAACCAACCAAAUCAAGUACUUUACAAAAACAUUCUCCUGCUUCAGCAGUACCCAAUUCAAAUUUGGGUUUACGCAACAACAGCAGUUCAUCACAGCACUCGUCCUCAACGCCUUCAGUCAAUCAUCAGCCAACUAAGAAUCACAAUUCCACAAUAGACUCAAAUUCACAGUCUCCUUUGAGGGAAUCCUCACCACAGGGCUCUGUGACAGCAGAGAUGGGUGGUGAUGGCAUAUCCACAUCAGUCGACCUGAGUCAGUCCCAAAGCAAUGUGUCUAUGGUAAUGGCCACCUCACCAAAGCCUCUUGAUCUUAGCAAUCAUGUUUUGGCCCUUCUUGCAGCGUCUUCCACUUUGCCACAGGGGGAGGAAAGUCCACCUGGCUGUACCCCUGAUGUUGAGAUGUCUUCCCAGGAAAACCACACUGCAGGGCAAGAAGAGCCUGAAUGUGUGGAUCCAGAGGUCUGCACUGUCACUAAAACGCCAACAGCCACCAGCCCUGGGCCUAACAACUCCUCUAGUCUUGGAGAUGGCCCCUCUAGCCCGAUAGCUGUGGGCAACUCAGCUCCUCCCUUACCUCUGGCAGAGGCGUUUCCCUUUAUGAACCAGGAGCAGCUGCUUCAGCUGCUGUCAUCCACAGGAGGUUUGCCAUCUCUUCUGGACCCUGCUGUUCUUGCUUCAUUGCCCUUGGGUGCAAUGUGGCUAGGAGGACAACAUGCACAUAUAGCCAGUACAUCGCCACCAACGCCACAAAAUCUUUCUGAUCAGCAGCCAUCAGAACAGGAGCAGUUACUGAUACAACAGGAGACACAGCAGCAAAACCAGGAUCAGCAACAGAAGUCGCCACAGAUAAACAGCAAUCCACAGUUUCCUUUGUUGCCAUUGUUGAGUGGUGGACAAGGGGAGCUCCCUUUGAAUCUUUUGGGACUGUUGAAUCCGCUUCUACCCCCAGCCUCGACGUCUACCCAUGGACAGGAAGCUGAAUUAGCAAUAACAGAAAAACCUAGUCUUCAGGCUCUGCUCAUGGCCUCGUUGUUACUCGGACAACAGCAGGCGCCUUUAAUACCUCUCUCUGGACUGGCUCAACUGAGUCAGGUCAGUUUGGAAGUUCCUCUCCAGCAACCACAACAAAUUCCCACCACAUUGGAGAGUGUAGCUCUGGAUAAGACCCCUGGCCUCCUGGAUGCUUCUACCUUGUCAGGCCCUGGGUUACUAGAGGUAGCCCAGGGCCUUCUCCCAAUUUCUCCUGGAAAUGAUGGCCCACUCCAAGCUCUGCAAUCUCUGCUCCUUCCUGCUGCUCUUCCUCCUCCCCAUGCAGCCUUCCUGCCCCUAAGCCCCGCCUUGCUCACUGCUGCCCUGAGUGCUGCUGAGCUCCACCCGCCUCCCCACUCCCAAUUAGCUCCCCCACAGCAAACCCAACAUAUCCAACCUCAGGUACCCAGUGACACAGGUGUUGACACCCUCAUACCCCUAUCACUUCAAUGCAAGGACAACCCCAUCCUUCAACAGUUACUCCCCACUUUGCUUAAUCCUGCUGUAUUGGGAGAUCUUUCUGGCAUCACAGGUCUUCAUAACAUGCUGGGGAUUGGAGCCGGUUCCAUUCUUGUACCACCGGUUCAGACAUCUGCUUUGGGCAUGCCACUGCUGCAGGGUCCUGAUGGAGCCAUUAACCUGCUCAACAACAUACAGCUAAACCUUGCACCAGCCUCAGAAGGAGAGAAGCCAGUUUUACCGCAGGAAUCACAAAACCCUGAACUACAGGAAGACAUUUCAGCCAGUCACAUGGCUCCCGAAGGGGUCUCCAGUCCUGCUCCACCUCCUGCCCCUCCCCAGGAACAUAGUCCACCCACCCAGCGAGCAUCAGAGGGCAGACCUGUUAUUGAUCCUUACACAUCUUUCAUGGACACGAUUUAUACCUCUUUUCUUCAAGUGAGUGCUAAAGAGCAGGAAGAUGGGGCCCACAUAGGGCCUUCUGAUCCCACUUCACCCUUCUGUGCCUUACCACCAGUUUCUUUCCCUAUGGAGCAUCAAACCACAUCCACGCCUGUUUCAAUGCCGCAGGCAAGUGCCCCGGUCUCCCUCAGCCCACGAAGGGCCUGUUCCCUCCGUAACCCAGACUUAUCUCGUCUCAGUUUGGAGGCAGCAGCCCAUUCCCCAGCCCAGGGCACACCCAAACCCACCGAGGACCAUUCUACAUCACCGUUGCAAAGAAAGCCGGUCAUUGUAGAGGGUCAUACACACCCAGAGCCUCCUCUGCCAUCUAUAUAUUUGGAGGAGGCUAAGACAGACUGUACUGGACCUGCAGCAGCUGCCUGUCCUUUUGUAGAGGCAGGGGGUGACGGGCAGGGACAUCUUCCCCAUUUAGGGUACCUCAGUCCCAAGGACAGUUUCAGCGGGAGGCCUGGUGAGGACACAGUAGGGACAUUACUGCACACUGAACAGGAUCAAGCAGGAGCAGUGAGUGGUUCCAGAAGAGGAAGGAAAAGGAAACAAACCUUGCAGAAUGUGUUGGAAGACUUUAGAGACAUUGAUGCUGCAGCGCUAGAGGAAACUAAGGCCACGACAGCUCUACUGAAGCCUGAGAGAUCGGUCCGCGGCAGAAGGAGACGAGGUGCCAGGUCUCAAAGGCAGUGAUUGGUGAAUGGACGAGUCAGACCUGAUCACUGAUCAGAGGCGGCCGGACACCUGUCUUUCCUGCUCCAUCUCUCCACCAUCAUCACCACUGUUUAGACUUUCCUUUAAUUCAGCUGCACUAAUGUUAUGCUGUUGUCAUGUCAACCCUUGUAAUGGCAACCACUAUGGGGAAAAACACGACAUAGGAGGGUGAACUGGUCAGAAAAACAUGUCUCUUGGCUUUAGUUCACUAAAUAAUGGUUGCUUGACAUUGUUUUCAGAGAUCUGUUUGUCAUUGUUAGUGUUUGAAAUAUAUCAAUGCGAAAACACAAAAAAUAACAAAGUACUGUUUUCUUCUCAUCAGUGUGUAACUGUGAGUCAGGAUAAAGCCCAUCUACUUGAACGACGCCCCAUGUUGGAUGUGUGUGGAUGUGUGUGUCUUUUUAUGUGUCUGCGGGUGUGUUGGACAACAGUGCUACUUCUGAGCCCCUCAGUGUCCGACCGUUGGAACUUAUUUUCCUUCUGCUUAAAAAGACCCAGUCUGGUUGUAAGAUGGAUCUCUUUUCCAAACCACGCAGUGGUUGCAUAUUAAUAACAUGUUUAAAAGAAUUUCAGAAGGUGGCGAUAGAGAAGAGACUUGACUUACGCUUUUUUCCCAAUUCUUUCAUAGUAUAAAAUAAUCUCCAUAUACAAACCAAGGAAGUAAUAUGGUAACGGCUAGUUUACAUCAACUACUUGAAAAGUCCUGAUGUCUAUGUGACCUGUCUGUUUCUUAGCAGGAUGUCCAUCACUAAUAUUUUUAUAAUUGAGAAAAUCAUUUCCAUGUCACUCAUGUCAGAAGAUGUCAGGGUUUGAAUGCUCAAGGUUCACAACAAACCAAUGAAAAGCGAUUUGUCACAAGUACAUUUCACAUGCUGUGUUACACGUUGCUGUGAAGAUUUACAUGUAGCCGCAGGGUGAUGGAGAGUUUUCUUUAUGUAUUGAUUAAACUCCCAUCCAAACAUUCACUCUCCAGCCAUAACUGUCUGAAAAAGGACGGGAUUUUGAUAUGGGAGGUUGGCAGGAUUUCUGUGUCCAUGCUCUAUUUCCUUUGCUUGGUUUAGUUGGUUGGUUGGAAAGCUUCGUUGCUAUCUAUGGUGGAUGUGUUGAGUCCCUGUAUUAAUGUGGAUUUGGAGUAAUAUCCUCCCUCGGUCUCCUCGUCACUGUUGAGCUCCGCCACACACUGCCCUGCCCCCAAAAUACUGGCAUCUUUAGCUGUAUUUAAAUAAAUAAAGAAGUGGAAAAAAAAGCUGAUUAUGCAAUUUCUACACUUGGACAUUUGUACAUAUGUAAAGUUAAUGUGUUUUAUUUUGAUUUUAUAUUGUUAGAGAAAGACACGAGAGAAAACAAUAAUUUGUACAUUUUUUCUGGGAAUUGUAAUUAAGUAUUUUUUUCAUUCAACACGUUGCUUUCAAUACUUAUGUUUCGAAAGACGAUUAAAUUGUGGACUGUAGCUUUCCUUUUUAUAUUGGAGUCUUUUUUAUUUAAUAUUAAACUAUUUACAGAAAAUGUAA